AUGAUAACAGCGAGGAAUCUCCCCACUGGCAACCUAAUUAAGCUAAUAUUGGUAGCUUUUCGGGCACUGAACAUUCGUUCUUUGCAGACACAAAACAUGUUGGGCUAUGCGGACCGUGAGUACGCUGUUUGGCGGCGGUUCAGCGAUUUUCUUGGUCUUCACGAGAAACUAAUGGAGAAGUACUUUCACAAGGGGUAUUUGGUGCCGGCAGCUCCCGAGAAAAGCAUUGCGGCGUUAACAAAAACAAAAAUGAAUUCUGCUAGCGACGAUAAUACGAACAAUGAGUUCGUUGAGCGUCGAGCACGAAGUCUUCAGAGGUUCUGCAGGCGUAUUUCACGGCACCCGAAGUUUGUUUCGGACUGUGAUUUCCGUGACUUCCUGACAAUGAGCGCAUCACUGCCGCGGGCAAAUUCCACGGCGGCACUAAGUGGUGCUGGAGUGAAAAGAAUGCUGAAAACCGUUAACGACAUGGACGAUAUGGAGCAAAAUUUGAGCAAGCUGCUCAGAGCGGUCGAGUCGUUGAGCUCAUUCCGACGUGAAUUGAUUUCCGGCACCGAUUCGUUUUCGAAAGCGCUUUCCAUGCUUGCGUCAUGUGAGGAAAACACAAGUCUUGCACGAACCCUGUCGCAUUUAACUGAAACUUACGAAAACAUCGGGCAGCUGCAUGCUGAGCAGGCCGAAAAAGACUGUGCAUUGCUCGCCGAAGAAGUUAGCGAGCAGCUGCAAGUAAUUGGCACUUUAAAGGAAUUGUUCUUCGAACGCGUCAAAGUGUGGCAGAAUUGGCAAAGUGCUCAACAGAAUCUCACGAGGAAAAGGGAGGCAAAAGCUCGCUAUGAGCUGUCUGGGAGAACCGACAAAGCGAGCCAAAUUCUGGAGGAACUGAAUAAUGCAGAAAAAGCUGUGGAUGAAGCGGAGAAGGAAUUCUCGGAAGUAAGCAAAGUGAUCCGAAGUGAAUAUGAGACGGCACUGGUGGAGCGGAGGAAAGAUCUGGACAUGAUGCUCUCGCAGUAUUUGCGAGGCCUUCUAGAGACGCAGAAGCAACUUCUCAAGCACUGGGAGACGUUUGCGCCUGAAACGCAGUCUAUUGAGAUCAGCUGA